AAAAUCUUUUAACUUUUUAUUUUUACUUUUUGUAACUUUUUCAUCUCUGAUUCAAUUCCAAUGCCUAACCCUAUCAAUUGCAUUGCCCUCCUUUUCCCUCUUCAAUGGCCAAUGUCUGUCUCGCAGCUCCUCUACAACCGCUACUACCGCAAGCCCGAGCUCUACCCUAUGCCGUGGAAGCACGUCGACCUCGCCCGCACCAAGGUCGCCGUUGCGCCCUUCGGCGGCCCAGUCGCCGUCAUCCGUUGCGCGGUUGCGCGUUUCGGGGGAACGGCUUGGAUUGCAUCACUGAGGCGAACCAACUUUUCUGAAUCUCGGAUUUCAAGAACCCAAGGGCGGUGAAGCUCGCGAAUCCCCUGAUCGAUGAGAUGCCUCAUUGUAUGGCAGUGAUCGAGCCGCAGUAUACGGCUUCGGGGAAUGUUGAAGUUUUGCCAGGCGUAGAUGAUGCUGUGGAGGAGGAUGACGUGCAGAGGCUCGGGGAGAGAGUUCUGCGUGGACCGCUGCAGAAGAUGGUGGUUUUACGAGAGACUGUUAGCGGAGGCGGAGCUGGGAGUAGCGACAGUGGAGAAGGUGCUGAAGUUAUUGGCAAGUCAAAGAAAACAGAAAGAGUGUUUCAAGACCAAACGGAAUUCUUCAGGGCUGAAUCCGGAACAAUGAAAAUAUUGGUGACCGGUGCAUCCGGUUUCCUCGGGGGAAGACUCUGCGACGCGCUGCUCCGGCAAGGUUACUCCGUGAGGGUUCUGGUUAGGUCCACCAGCGAUAUCUCUUCUCUUUCUCCAGAUAUUGAAAUCUUCCACGGCGACAUCACCGACUACGCCUCUAUCCUCGCCGCUUGCUCCUCCUGCACCAUCGUAUUCCACCUUGCCGCUCUCGUCGAACCCUGGCUUCCCGACCCCUCCAAAUUCUUCUCCGUCAACGUUGGAGGGUUGAAAAACGUGUUGGCGGCGGUGAUGGAGACUCGCACGGUGGAGAAACUCCUGUAUACGUCGUCGUUUUUCGCCCUCGGACCAACUGACGGAGGCGUUGCGUACGAGAAUCAAGUCCAUCACGAGAAAUAUUUCUGUACUGAAUAUGAGAAAUCAAAGGUCGCUGCGGAUAAAAUUGCGCUGCAAGCUGCGUCGGAAGGGAUGCCAAUAGUGCUACUGUAUCCUGGAGUGAUCUAUGGGCCAGGCAAGGUCACUGCAGGAAACAUAGUUGCACGAAUGCUAGUAGAACGCUUCAGUGGUCGAUUACCAGGUUACGUAGGUUAUGGAAGCGAUAAAUUUUCUUUCAGUCAUGUUGAGGAUGUGGUGGAGGGGCACAUUUCAGCAAUGAAGAAAGGAAAAGUUGGGAGUAGAUAUCUACUAACUGGGGAAAAUGCUUCGUUGAAGCAUGUUUUUGAUAUGGCCGCUGUGAUUACUGAUACUAAAAAACCAGUGUUUAGCAUCCCUUUGUGGAUGGUUGAAGUAUACGGGUGGCUCUCAGUUUUGUUCUCUAGAAUCACUGGAAAGCUCCCUUUCAUCAGUCCCCCGACUGUCCAUGUUCUAAGACACCGGUGGGAGUAUUCUUGCGAGAAAGCUAAAAGUGAGCUAGAUUAUACGCCAAGAAGCUUGAAAGAAGGGCUUGCGGAGGUACUACUCUGGUUGAAGAACUCCAAGUUCAUUAAAUAUUAGCUACUAUUCCUGCACUUUUUUAUAUAUACAUAUGCUACUAUUCUUUUGGGGUUGCAUCUUGCUCUAAAAGAUAAAAUAAUAAAGCCACGAUGCCAUGUUACAAGUAAACCCUUUUUUGGUUCACCCAUAUUGCAUCAAUGAGUUAGUAAAUUAACUUCAUUGUU